AAUAAAAGAAGGUUGAGUUCAUCUAAUGAAAACGAACUACGAAGUAUACAAAAUGAUGAAACUUGGGUUCAGCUCAAUUGGCACUGUCAAUGGCGUCCGAUGCCUCUACAGCUACUUCUUCCUGCCUGGUUUCCGACGCAUUUCAACAUCUUCUUCAUCAAAUGAAGGUAAUACUUCGUCUUCUUCAUUUGCGAAUUUCUUGGUUGAAAAUCUGGGGUUUUCCAACCACCAAUCUCUCUCUACUUCCGCUACACUCGAUAGUCGCCGGAGAGUUGGUGGGGCGAAGCUGCCUAUUGAUUUCAAUUGGGUUGAAAAGGCUGAAUCUGUUAUUCAAUUCCUUAAGCAAAUUGGUUUUCAGCAAAAUGAUAUUAGGAAAGUUGUAUGUCAUGAUCCCCAGAUUUUACUUUCUAGGGUUAGCCAAACCCUAAUACCCAAAAUAAAGGUUCUUAAUGAACUGGGUUUAUCUGGGUCUGAUCUUGUUCAAGUUAUUGUAGGAAAUCCUUUAGUAUUGCGCCGGAAUUUGGGUCCUGCAAUUCAUGCUUUUAGGACUGUUCUGGGUAGUGAUGAGAAUGUUGUUCGGGUGAUAAAAAUAUCGAGUAGGGUUAAUUUUAGUCAUGCUGCUAAAUAUUUGAUUCCCAAUGUUGAAAUGCUGCAAAGUUAUUGUGGAAUUUCUGGUGACAAACUCCAGAAACAUAUUUUUCACCGGCCUAGUAUUUACUGUAUGGAGACGAAUUCGUUUCGAAAAAUCUUGAUUAGGGUUGAAGAAAAGUUAGGGAUCUCUCGAAACUCUGCGAUGUUUGUUUAUGGAAUACAAUGUGUCACUACAUUUAGUGAUAAGAAUAUCUACGAUAAAUAUGAAGUUUUUAAGAGCUUUGGAUGGACUCAAUCUGAUUUCAUGAAAUUGAUUAGGCGAAAUCCUUUGUGCCUGACAUCAAACGAGGAAAGAAUUAAGGAUAGAUUGGAUUUUCUGAUAAACCAGCUGGGUUAUAAGCCGGAUCACCUAGCAUCCCAGCCUCCGUUUUUCACUUAUAGCAUAGAGAAGAGGUUAUUGCCAAGACACAAAGUCUUACAGGUUUUGAAGGAGAAAGGGCUGAUAAAAGAGGAUUACCAUCUUUUAAGUGCUUCUGUCUUGAGUGAGGCUAAGUUCUUGAAAAGGUUUGUUUUUCCUUUUGAGGAAGUGCAUGAAGUUUAUGCUCAGCUAACAGGCUCUAUAGUUGAAUCGCUUGUUGCAGGAAGAAUAAAAGGCCAAAUCUGAAGUCUGAAGAUGUCAUCGAGUUCGUUACCAGUAAGUAUGUAACACACUGGAUCCAAGCCCAGCUUUUGGAGUCAACUAUACACCACAACCACUUUAUAAACAAAGAAGGCUCAAAGAUCUUAUUUCUCUGGGAGGAUUUUUGACGCUAUAUCCAUUUUCCAAUGUGCAUUCACUUAGGGGUCAAUUGGUUGGAUAUUUUUGAAUGGGUUGGAAUGAAGUUAGAUUCCAUUCCAUCUACUUUGUUGUUGGUUGAACUUUUUAACUAUGGAAACCCAUACCAAAGGGGAUCUAACUCUACCUCACCCUUAUGAGUCAUACCUAGAGUUGUCAAAAGCUGCCCCUAACUGAAUAAUUUGCCCAAACCUUAUUAUGACCCGAUUUGUUUGAACCUGGAAAAAUGGUGACCCUAACUUGAUAUGACCUGACCUAAAACCAACCCUAGACACGAGUUAACCUGAGUAUUUGAAACUCGAACCCGAACAUGAUCCGAUGUGGAGAUGACCCAAGCUUAAUAUAAUUCGUAAAUUAUUGACCUUAACCCAACCCAAAGUAGAAGAAAGGCAGUGGCCUGUAGAAUGUCGCUGGAACAGGAAUCUUCUGGCUUCAUGCUCUAGCUACUGUAGCAGUUUUGGGAGAUAAUACUGAUGAUCCAAGCUCUUCAUCUGUUGCAGCUACCACAAAGCAUCCCUCCAGGUUUUUCUUGCAUAGUUUGUACUCGAUUACCCAACGGGAAGGGGAAGCACAAAUAUAGACGCACUUGAACUGUCUGCCUGACUGUUAAACGUUGGUGAAAAAGAAACGACAGUCAAAACAUGAAGUGCAGAUUAUCCUGAUAAUUCAUCUAAAGCAAAAUCAUAACAGAAAAAUGAAAAGUUGAUGCGGAAAAUAAUGACAAAUCUCACAUGUAAGCAUCGGCGCGAAACUGAAGAUGACUCAUAGGUGGUUCCUGCUCAAAGUAAAGAUGGUCGAGGUCAAAAUCCAAUUAGCUUUUUAUCCGAAAGUGGCAAGAACCAUACCAAUAAAGGAAAUGGUGCAUUUACUAUGAUGUUUCAAAUAUGAAGAAAUAUUUUGUAAUUAUUUUAUUAGAUAGAAAGCCUAGCUACACGUCGUGUGUGUGCACAUUAUAUGGAAUUUCAAUUCAGGAUAAAACAUAACAUUAAUUUGCGGUAUGCAAACAGUCAAAAUUAGGUCUAUUGCAAGUUUGCAAGAGUUAUACUUUCGCCGUUCUUUAUACUUGAUCCGCUUUGACUUUUAUAUUAUUCACCACCCCUCUUUUGACCGUCUUUUGUGAAUAAUAGG